UGAAACCGCCCUCGGUUCUGGUCCCUCGGUUGUUGAGGACUGCCCCUGGCGUGAAUGCGGCUGAGGGGGCGGAGAGGCUGGUGUUGCUCCCAGGCCUUGUCGGAGCCGCUCCGCCUCCCGGGGGCGUUCCUGGCCGAAGAGCGGGCCCCGCUGGGGCCGGGGCGCCCCUCGCCGGGUCCAGGAGUCUCGGAGCCGCCCUGCGCCCACGGGCUCCCCCGACAGCGCCCGCACCCUGGCCCCACAUUUUCACGGUGCCGGGGCGGAUCCUGACCGCAGGCAGGAAAGGACAUUUUGAUGCAAAUAAGAAAGAAAUAAUCUCAGGAUAGAAGACGGAGUUUUAAAUUGCAUGACUAUAUGAAGGAAGAGGAAGGUUUUGCUGAAGAUGAGGCGACUGAAUCGGAAGAAAACCUUAAAUUUGGUGAAAGAGUUGGAUGCAUUUCCGAAGGUUCCUCAGAGCUAUGUGGAGACUUCAGCCAGUGGGGGUACAGUUUCUCUAAUAGCAUUUACCACUAUGGCUUUAUUAACGAUAAUGGAAUUCUCAGUAUAUCAAGACACGUGGAUGAAGUAUGAAUAUGAAGUAGACAAGGAUUUUUCUAGUAAAUUGAGAAUCAACAUAGAUAUCACCGUUGCCAUGAAGUGUCAGUAUGUUGGAGCAGAUGUACUGGACUUAGCAGAAACAAUGGUUGCGUCUGCAGAUGGUCUAGUUUAUGAACCAGCAAUAUUUGAUCUUUCACCACAGCAAAAAGAAUGGCAGAGGAUGCUGCAGCUGAUUCAGAGUAGGCUGCAAGAAGAACAUUCUCUUCAAGAUGUGAUUUUUAAAAGUGCUUUUAAAAGUGCAUCAACAGCACUUCCACCAAGGGAAGAUGAUUCAUCACAGUCUCCAGAUGCAUGCAGAAUUCGUGGUCACCUCUAUGUUAAUAAAGUAGCUGGAAAUUUUCACAUUACUGUGGGCAAGGCAAUUCCACAUCCUCGAGGUCAUGCACACUUGGCAGCACUUGUCAACCAUGAGUCUUACAACUUUUCUCACAGAAUAGAUCAUUUGUCUUUUGGAGAACUUGUUCCAGGAAUUAUUAAUCCUUUAGAUGGAACUGAGAAAAUUGCUGUAGAUCACAACCAGAUGUUCCAAUAUUUUAUUACAGUUGUGCCAACAAAAUUACAUACAUACAAAAUUUCAGCAGACACACAUCAGUUUUCUGUGACAGAAAGGGAGCGAAUCAUCAACCAUGCUGCAGGCAGCCAUGGAGUCUCGGGGAUAUUUAUGAAAUAUGACCUCAGUUCUCUUAUGGUAACAGUUACUGAGGAGCAUAUGCCUUUCUGGCAGUUUUUUGUAAGACUCUGUGGUAUUGUUGGAGGAAUCUUCUCAACAACAGGCAUGUUACAUGGAAUUGGAAAAUUUAUAGUAGAAAUAAUUUGCUGUCGUUUCAGACUUGGAGCCUAUAAACCUGUACAUUCUGUCCCCUUCGAGGAUGGGCACACAGACAACCACUUACCUCUUUUAGAAAAUAAUACACAUUAGUACCUCCUGAGUGGAGAGAAACUUUUUGCCUGAGACACAAAACCUUUUUUAAUAAUAAAAUAUUGUGCAAUAUACUCAAAGGAAAAAUAUGAAUGAGAACCUGGAAACACACUUAUUUAAAAAAAAAAAGAAAAAAGGAAAAAAAACCAAACUGAAAUCCUGUAAAUGUUGUGUCUGUUACAAAAGUCCUAGAGGAAAUUAUGGAGCUGGUAGUGAUAAGCCCAUCUGGAGCGUUGUUCAAAGAAGACUCUUGCUGCUUCCUCAGCAAGUGGACUGUCAGAGUCAGACCCUGCUGCUUCAUAACAGAAAGCUGAAGGAAGGAGGGGAGCCCACGUCUAACAAAAGAGCACUGAUAAGUGCAAAUGUUUGCGUCCUUUUGUUUUUAAAAGAUACGAUGUAAGAAUAAAAUAUGUAAAACAUAUGGAAAACUAGUCUAGACUUUAAAAACCUGUGAUCAGGUCACACUGUUAAUAAAGGAAGACAGGGACUAGUCCCUGUGUUACAGCCAUACUGAUGUUAAGCCAUACUGACAAGUACUUUGAUCUUAGGAAGGGAAAUGCUUUUCCUUGGACUCAGGGUAUUGGCUUCUAACUGUUCAAGAUAGGCUCUCCCAGGGGAGGUGUGUGAGCACUAUGAUAUGUAACAGAGAUACUGCUUACAGAUUGUGUCGUGAAGCUAGAUAGGGAGAAGAGAGCACAUUUCUAAAGCGGAGGCUGAGUAUCCUUAUCUCCUCAUGGAUAUUCUCUGAGGAUCAUGGGCUGAGCAAUAAAAUGAUCCAUUCUGAUGGAAAGAAAUUAUCAGUUUGUAAACUAUUAAGAGGAAAAAUAGAAUAUUUUAUACAAGUGAUGAAUGGGAACAGGGUAACUUAAAUGAAAGUGUGAGCCAAAUUUUAGGUAUAAGACAGUAUCACAUCUGAGAGAUGCCAUAUUACAGUAUUACAGCGGCCACUAAACUGUAAAGCUGAAUUACGAAAGACUUAUCGCAUUCAGGAUGUUCUGAAUGUGACUGGUGAAUUAUGUUAGGUUUGUAUUGUUCUAAUUUUCGUACUGUUUAAGGGUUGGGUUUAAAUUCCAGAAUAUAAAAGAUUAAAAUAAUGAGAGGAAACUUACAUUAAAAGCUGUAUUUGUAGUACCUGUGCCAAUAUCAGUUUUCAUUUUGUUAUAUCAAUCCCCUAAGUGUAAAUCAUUUAGGGAAAUAAGGAAUCAAGAAUCCAGAUAGGUAAUGAAGGUAAAAGACCAGAUUUUAGUCCUUAACAAAUAGCAAAGCCAAGCAACUUCAUUUGAAGUGGUAGUUUUAGAAUCAAGUGUGAUGACACAGGCCUGUAAUCUCAGCACUGUGGGAGACUGAGGCAGGAGGAUCACAGUUUGAGCUCAGUCUGGACACUUAGAUCCUGUCUCAAAAGAAAGAAAAGAAAAAGAUUUGAGCCCUGAUUUCAGUGCCCAUUACUGGGGGGAAAAAUAGCUUAGAGAGUGACAUAUCACAAGUUGCAGUUUUUUAAAUGAAGAGUUUAUGUAUAAAAAAUAUUUAACAAGACAAUACUGGUGACAAGAACUCACGACAAAGUGGCUCUGUGAUGAGACUUACAUAGGACAGCAUUUUGCAUAAAAUAGCAGCCACACCCUUGUUUAGAAUGUGCGGUGUCAUUGAGAACCACACACUGACUGAUUGAUAGUGGUGACACAACAUGUUUUGAAGGAUAUUUUUAAUCCAGGAAAUUCUAGUCACUGGGCCUUCUCUGGGGUUUUAUUUAUUUUCUUCAAAUAUUAUUUCCCACAGAGUUGGGAUAGAAACUAAUAGAACAUUUCUCAAAAUUUUAAUUUAAAAAGAAUUACUGGUAUUUUAGGUACUUCGGACUAACUGUUGGAUUGGGUCUUCUGAAUUCAGAAAUUCAGUCGUUUCAGGUUUUUUUAGAUGGAAAAAUAUACCAAUUUAAGAUUACUUUUAGGAUUAUAACAAGUAUUAAAUUUAAAUUUUGAUACAUGGUUUUUAAUUACUUCCAUGUUUAAUAAAUGCCAUAUUUAAUUUUUAAUGAAAUUUAUCCUAUUAAAGCUGACUGUAAAGGAAUUUCUUUAAAGCAGAGUCCUGCUUUGCCAUUGAUUUCCAUUUCAAACGUUGAGAAAACUUCUAUCUAACAACCUUCUAAAAUUUAUAAGGUCAUAGUUUUGGCCCUGAAAAAAUGAAAACUCUUUCAGCUCUGUGCACGAUGGAACAUAACCAUGUAUUAGAGUUUGCUGGGAGUUUCUGGCCUCCCAAGUGUCUCUUUUCCUUGGUUGAAAGCCCUCCCUGCCCUGUACCUGAGGGUCUCUCUAGGAUCCCCCUUCAACUCUCAGUACAGUGUCCUUCUCAGCAGGGUCUUCAUGAUGUCUGUAUGUACAUGUUCUGGCCUACAUAGUGAAAAGCCUACAUGUUUUAAAAACUUGCAGCGUAGUUGUAAACUGUUUCCAUGCAUUGGCCUGUAUGAAAGAUGAUAAAUAUUUGAGCAGAGUAA